UGACGUUAUUGACGCUGAGACAGGUUCAGGGAGGAUCCCAGCGAUUCGCUUAGGUGAGCAGGGCUGGAGCUGUGGUCCUGUGGCCGCUAUGAGUUGCACCAUCGAGAAGAUCCUGACAGACGCUAAGACGCUGCUGGAGAGGCUGCGGGAGCACGAUGCGGCCGCUGAGUCGCUGGUCGAUCAGUCGGCGGCGCUGCACCGGCGGGUAGCCGCUAUGCGGGAGGCGGGGACAGCGCUUCCGGACCAGUAUCAAGAGGAUGCAUCCGAUAUGAAGGACAUGUCCAAAUAUAAACCUCACAUUCUGCUGUCCCAAGAGAAUACACAGAUUAGAGACUUGCAGCAGGAGAACAGAGAGCUAUGGGUUUCCUUGGAGGAACACCAGGAUGCUUUGGAACUCAUCAUGAGCAAGUACCGGAAACAGAUGUUACAAUUAAUGGUUGCCAAAAAAACUGUGGAUGCCGAACCAGUCCUGAAAGCUCACCAGUCUCACUCUGCAGAAAUUGAGAGUCAGAUUGAUAGAAUCUGUGAAAUGGGAGAAGUGAUGAGGAAAGCAGUUCAGGUGGACGAUGACCAAUUUUGUAAGAUUCAGGAAAAACUAGCCCAAUUAGAGCUUGAAAAUAAGGAACUUCGAGAAUUGUUGUCCAUCAGCAGUGAGUCACUUCAGGUCCAGCCCAUGCUCAAGAGAAGGGGAUUAUACAAAACAUGCACACCAGCUGGGAAUCUUGGUGGCCAUCUCAGAAUUCUGCCUACCACAGUAGCUAUUAGCAGCUUGGAAUAAAAUCCUGGAGACAACAAUGAAGCACUCUUAGGAAAUGCUGCAUGACCAGUAUUAUUGGUGGCCAAGAAUAAUUGUGUGGAAAAUAACCUGCACAUCUAUGAGCUCAGGGAAAAUGGCAACAUAUUUUCUUCUUGCUGGUGCAUAAAUAAUGUAUCAUGCAAUCAAUACUGCUUUAGAUUUAAUUAUAUAAGUGUAAUUCAUUCAUUCAAUUACUAUUUAUUAAGUACUUACUAUUAUGUCAAUCACAGACCUAGGUUUAGGGGAUACAAUGACGAACCAGAGAACUGAAGCUUACACCAAUAGGAAGAAAGGCAAUAAUUAAAUUCAUAAAUGUGUUAAUUGUGAAUAGCAAUACAUGUUACAAAGGUAAUAAAACAAGCUAAUAUUAAGGAAAGUGAUGGUAAUAGUGGGUACUUUUACUUUAGAAAAGACCUUUGUAAGUUGGUAACAUUUGAGCUGAAACCUGAAAGCUGAGAAAAUGCUAAUUAUAUGAUGAUUUGGGGAAAGAUCAUUCCAGGCAGAGAGGCUUUAGUAAAUGCAAGUGUUCUGAAGCAGGAACAAAUUUGCAAUGUUGAAGGAACAAAAAUGGUAGUGGAACUGAAUUACAGUGAACCAGGGAUUAGACAUUUAGUGAAGACUAGGUAUUUCCAGCCUUGUAGGCCAUGGCAAAAGAGUUUAGAUUUUAUUCUAAGUGCAAUUGGUUUUCAUCAAGAUCUAAUUUAAGUUUAAUUAAAAAUAUUAUUUUGCUUCACCCUUCUCUCUGGCUGGUUCCCAGAGCUAAAAUGUUAUGGUGAUUACUUUUAGUGCAGCAGCUUAGCAUGUCCACAUAAUUCUUUCAUUAAGUGCAAAGUUGACAUUUUAAAGGGAAAUAUUAUACAAAACUUCUGCAUUGUUCUUAUUUAAAUUCUAACAUGUUAUUACAUAAUUGUUAUUUUUUAUAUAAUGCAUUUUCACUGUUUGGGAGCUUUUUAAUGAAUAAAAAGUUUUGGAUUGUAGAGGUCUAGGACUAAAUCUUAUUUACAUUAUUUCGUUAACAAUUAUUUUUUAAGAAAGUUUUUGCUUAAAAUUGUGUUUUCCUGUCCUGAAAUUUUGAAUGUAGUCACUUUACCAUCCACUAUUACCAUAAUUUUAUAAAAGAAGUCCCUUUAACUUUCCUAAAUAGGAAGGACAUAAUGUCAGAAUAAAAACAGUCCUUAAAAUCUUGAA